CGACGGCGACCUGUCAGGUACCUCCGCACGGCCAACAGUUAACGCACUUCCUCCUCUGUUCCCCUGCGCCUGCGCGAAUCGAAGAUGGAGCAGCACGAGAUGCCCAGAGUGAAGCUCGGCGCCCAGGGUCUCGAGGUGUCCAAGCUUGGCUUCGGGUGCAUGGGCCUCACCGGAGUCUACAACGCCCCGGUCCCUGAGGACGCCGGGAUCGCGGUUAUCAAGCACGCAUUCGAGGCCGGUAUCACCUUCUUUGACACUGCAGAUGCCUAUGGGCCGCACACCAAUGAGGUCCUUCUUGGAAAGGCAUUGAAGCAGUUGCCCCGUGAUAAGGUGCAAGUUGCCACCAAGUGUGGCAUUGCAGGAUUCGACAUCAGUGGCAUGCGUGUGAAGGGUAGUCCGGACUAUGUGCGUGUGUGCUGCGAAGCAAGCCUUCAGCGCCUUGCUAUAGACUACAUUGAUCUAUACUACCAGCAUCGCAUUGACCAGUCGGUGCCUAUAGAGGAAACUAUGGGGGAGCUCAAGAAGUUGGUUGAAGAAGGGAAAGUCAAAUACAUUGGCUUGUCAGAGGCUAGUGCAGAUACCAUUCGACGGGCACAUGCAGUUCAUCCAAUCACUGCAGUGCAGUUGGAAUGGUCACUAUGGACCCGAGAUAUAGAGGAAGACAUAAUACCAGUUUGCAGGGAGCUUGGCAUUGGAAUUGUUCCAUACAGCCCACUUGGUCGUGGCUUCUUUGCUGGCAGGGCAGCCGUAGAGACUAUACCAUCAGAAAGCUUAUUGUCUAAACAUCCUAGGUAUGCUGGGGAAAACUUAGAGAAGAAUAAAGUUCUGUAUACACGACUUGAAAUGCUGUCGACAAAGUAUGGGUGCACCCCUGCUCAACUAGCUCUCUCCUGGGUUCUUCAUCAAGGGGAGGAUGUGGUCCCAAUCCCAGGAACAACUAAAGUGAAGAACCUUGAUGAUAACAUUGGUGCUGUAAAGAAAAAGCUGAGCAAGGAAGAUCUCAAAGAAAUCUCAGCUGCAGUCCCUGCCGGUGAGGUAGCUGGGUCCAGAGUUAUUGGAAUCCUGGAGCCUUAUUCUUGGAGGCUUGCAAAUACUCCACUUCCAAAGUAGCCACUUUACAUCUUCAAAUGCAAAUUCGAGAUUGCCUCACCAUGUUGUGUUGUAUUUGUUCCUGACUGCAUGGAAGACAGUUUUUCCAUGCUCGAGAAAAUAUUGUACCUCAAGCAACAUAUGCCACUGGCGCUGUAUGAGAUGUAUCAAUUGCUAGACGUGAUCAAAGAAACAUGCCAACUUUUAGUUAAAUUCUUU